AUGGGACUCUUUGUGGUCUGUUUGGUGGUAGCGUUCUUCCAUCACAGUCACAGUGAAAUGCAUCCCUCCCUGUACGGGUCAAAAAGGGUUUGGGAGAACGUCUUAAAUCCUACUGACUGUGUGUCCAGAGUCAAACCGCUGCAGCUCUUAAACUCUGAAAAUUUCACUGUUGAUCUACGAAUGCCUGGUGUUUUACCCACUCAGUCGGACACUUACCUUUGCAUGGCGUUUCCUGUGCCAACACAUCGAGAUUCAUAUAUUGUGGACUUCCUACCUCAUGCCAGCAUGGACACAGUUCACCACAUGCUACUCUUUGGCUGUCAGACCCCUAUCUCCACUACAGGUUACUGGGACUGUGGCAGCGUACAAGGUACUUGUGAAGAUGACUCUUCCAUUAUGUAUGCCUGGGCUCGAAAUGCUCCGCCAACAAAAUUACCUAAAAAUGUUGGGUUUAAAGUCGGAAGAAAUUCAGGAACAUCUUACUUUGUGCUGCAAAUACAUUACGGAGAUGUCAGUGCCUUCAGAGACCAUCACAGAGAUUGCUCCGGACUCACCUUAAGAAUGACAUUAAAACCGCAGCCAUUCAUUGCUGGCAUAUACCUGCUAAUGUCUGUGGACACGAUUAUACCUCCAGGGAAAAAAGUUACAAAUGCUGAUGUUGCUUGUGAAUAUGACUCCUACCCAAUCUACCCGUUUGCCUUCAGGACUCACACACAUAGCCUAGGUAAAGUAGUCAGUGGUUAUAGAGUUCGUGAUGGAAAAUGGAGCCUGAUUGGAAGACAGUCCCCUCAGUUACCACAGGCUUUCUAUCCUGCUAAUAAAGAGGUGACUGUGCGAUAUGGUGACACCAUAGCUGCUAGAUGUGUUUUUACUGGCGAGGGCCGAACCUCCAAAACAUAUAUUGGUGGUACUUCCAGCGAUGAAAUGUGCAACUUCUACAUGAUGUAUUACAUGGACAGCAAACAUGCGAAUCCCUUCAUGAACUGUAUGGAGACAGGCUCCAAAGAACUUUUUGAACAUAUUCCAGCAGAGGCAAAUGUUCCCAUUGCUGUCAGUCCAGGUCACAUGCACGCCAUGAUGGGAAUGGGAAACAAUGCAGAUGACAAGCAGCUUUUAACAAACAGAGAGAUUACAGAUCUGGAUCAGGAUUAUCAUUUGGAGCACGUGUCGGAUUGGCCACAGAGUCCUCUUCAGCUCGGACAGGUGUCAGGACUCGCCCUCGACUCUGAUUCCAAUCUAGUCAUUUUUCACAGAGGUGACCACCACUGGGGUGCAGAUUCUUUCAACAGCCAGGCUCGAUACCAGCAGAGGUUCUUGGGGCCCAUCCAGCAGUCGGCCAUUUUGGUUGUGGACCCCGCCAAUGGCAGAAUUCUAAAAGCCUCUGGCCGAAACAUGUUCUACUUGCCUCAUGGAAUAACAACAGACAAGGACAAUAACUACUGGGUGACAGAUGUGGCUCUGCAUCAGGUGUUAAAAGUGAGCAGUGAUGGCAGAGACAGAACCCUGCUGGUCCUGGGUGAGGCGUUCAUGCCUGGCAGUGACACCCACCACUUCUGCAAACCAACUGAUGUUGCAGUCGACCCUGAAACUGGGAACAUCUUUGUGUCCGAUGGCUACUGCAAUGCCAGGAUACUGAAGUUCACUGCUGAUGGCACAUACUUGUCUCAGUGGGGUGCAGGUUCAUCAGACAGAAGGAGGCGUACACCAUUUCAGAUCCCUCACAGCCUAGUGUUCCUUCCUGACAGAAAGGAAGUUUGUGUAGCUGACAGGGAAAAUGGACGUAUCCAGUGCUUCAUAGCAGAAACUGGGGAGUUUGUCAAAGAAAUAAAAAAUGAAGAGUUUGGAGGAGAAGUUUUCGCCAUCGCCUAUAGUCCUGCUGAAGAUGGCCUGAUCUUUGCAGUGAAUGGGGACUCAUCCAACCAUUUUACUCCUCUUAGAGGUUUUGUUCUGGGUUAUUCAACUAAGCAAAUUUUGGAUUCCUUCAGCCCCACCCAAAAGGAGUUUAAAAUGCCUCAUGACAUUGUUGUAACUAAGGAUGGAACUAUUUUUGUUGGGGAUGCAGGAAACAAAUCAGUCUUUAAGUUUUCUGCUGAAAAGUUGCACCGCUCUGUCAAGAAAGCUGGAAUUGAAGUCCAGGAACUUGAAGAAGUCGAGGCAUUUGUUCAAGCCAAGCUGAGACCACAUCUCAACAUUUCAAAGGUAGCCACCAUCAAGGAGAAGCAAACUGUGGCCGAAAAAACCCAUCCACUGGUGGAAGUGGAACCGAGGAAAAGCACUCCUAAAGCCGACAGAAAACAGAGCGUCCUCCCAGCCGUCGUCGUUUCUCUGCUUCUCAUCCUUCUGCUGGUCAUCGUCUUCCUUGGAUUCUUCAUGUGCUGGAGUAAAAACAAGAGAAAUGACAUUAAACUAGAGCCGCACUCUAUGGGUGGAGUCCUGGGGAAAAUUCGAGGUAAAGCUGUGGGGACUUUGAACCUGGGGAAAUUCUUUGCUUCCCACAAAGGCUACAGUCGUCAGGGUUUCGACCAGCUGAGCACUGAAGGCAGUGACCAGGAGAGAAACGUGGAGGACAGCAGCGAUUCUGACACAGAGGAGUAUUCUGCUCCUCCCCCUCGUCCACCUCCUCCUCAGUCCUCCUCUUAGGCGGCCCAGGCCCAGCUGCCUCUCAUUUAUCACACCUGCUUAUUCAAUGUUUUUGUAAAUGUUGUCAGCUGCCAAUAAUGCUAUUUAUUUUAUAUUUUUAAAUGUUUUCUUGUAUAUAAAAUUUAUUUUAUUGUCAUCUUGAUAAAGUGUUGGAGACAAAAUAAUUAUAUUUAUAUUUUUCUUCUAUAAAAAUUGCCUUUAUGGAAAAUAUUAGCUCAGUCCCUAAAACAAAUGUCCACUAAUUUCAUGUUUAGCCAUAAAAGUCAAAGAAAAUCUGCAUUAUUAUUAUGUGAAUGAUUUUCAUAAAGUUUUUAAUAUUUUUUUUUUUUUAUCUUUUUUUGUUUCUUUUAAAUCAUUUUAAUACAAUUUUCAGCUAUAUCUGACUGAAGUGCAUAGACCAAUGCUAAUGCUAGGUGGGGCUGCUGUCAGGUCUUUUUUUCACCCCGUGGCUGCUGCACAUGAUUCACUCUGCUGGAAAAUGGUCGAUAAAUUUCAUCCUAAAUUUCAAUAUUUUUAUGAUGGGGACAGAAAUCAAGCAGGAUUUUAGAGCAGAAGCCUGUAACGUGUAGCUGAAGUUGAAAUGGUAACAUCUAAUGUCCUUUCUGCAUUAAUGUUGUACUUGCGUAUCAUUUGAUUUGUACUUCUGUGCCUUCCUCCAUUUGCAUUGUUGUUCUCUUAAAGGAAAAUAUUCUGUAUCUUCAUGCUUCUGUAGUGUUUUGGUUGCUGAAACUCGUUGCAGCAGUUGGUUAGAUUGAUAAAUUGGUUCUUUACAUUUAAUGAGUUUACAAAAAACAGCACACUUGUUCUGAUACUGUAUUUAGGACAGCAUGAAGAGACUAAGAAUUUAUUUUCCUUUUAACUGCUAUUUAGACACUUUGUUUAGCAAAUGAAAGUGAAUAAUUCAGUAUAGAUGCAUCGAAAAACAAAACAAAAAAAGUAUAAAUUUAUAUGCUCAGGCCACUCAGUUGCUUUCUGUAUCACCAGGUUAUGUGUUGUUUGUUUUUAGUUGUUAUUUUUAAACUGUUUUUUUCUGCCACUGCUCAUAGUUUGCUAUGACUUUUUAAAGGCUUUCCUUACCGCAUGCCAUAGAUAUUAAGCUACGCUGUCACAUAUGGCCUACCAUAUAGCCUACAGUUGUUUAAGUACAAGAGUGCUAUUUUCAGUAACUGUUGUAUUUGUGUAAUAAAGUGUCUGCAAAGCA